AUGAACGUGUACGAAUACUUUAUAUCGUGCGAAAUAUUUAUCGAGCUACUUGAAUGCAUCGAGUACUUGCACAACUUGGAAGUACCACUUAUUCACCGCGAUAUUAAGCCUGAUAAUAUAUUGAUUGCUCACAAGUUGAACGACGGUCGCUAUAUUAAGCUGGGCGAUUUUGGUUUGGCGAUUGUACAUAAUAAUAAGUCGAUGAGUCAUACAAACAAAGUGGGCACGGUGAAAUAUAGGGCACCGGAGAUUGAUACACACAAUUCGGCCUCACCAAAUAAGACUCGUUACAAUACGAAGGCUGACGUUUACAGUGCCGCUAAAGUGGCCACGGAGUUGUUUGAUUUAAAUGUCAACGACUUAUCCCUACUGUUUGCCACAUGCUAUGGAGGGGAAUUCCGUAUCAAAAACGACUGUCCCUUCACUGUAUGGGCACGGACCCUGGGCAAUCAAGGUCACUACAGCCCAGAAGGUGGUCGGUUCACACUAACUACCGGUGCCACUCAUAACUUCAACAUUAACCAGGGCUGGGCCGGGCGUAUAUGGGCCGACACCCUAUGCCAACCGGACGGUUCGCAAUGCAAAACAGGUGAUUGGGGUACGGCUACCACACUGGGCGAGUGGAACCUUGCUGCAAAAACCGGUGACAUGGACUGGUAUGAUAUUAGCCUAGUCGACGGCUAUAACGUGGGCAUGCGUAUCACGCUGAUACCCGGUACAUUUGAUAAACAAGGUCCAGAUCAUUAUAACUGCGGGGAACCGGUAUGUAUAGAGGAUAUGCUGGCUCACUGUCCCGGGGAACUGGCGGUUAAGGAUGGCGAUAAGACUAUCGCGUGUAUGAGCGCCUGUACAAAGUUUAGGACAGAGGCCUAUUGCUGUACCGGUGCCCACCAGCCCAGAGAUAAGUGCGUUAAAAAGGACUGGCCCGUAGACUACCCGUCCACUUUCAAACACUACUGUCCCGAUGCCUAUAGCUGGGCCUACGAUGAUGCAACUAGUACGUUUGCGUGUCAUGGUAAACCGUAUACUGGGUACGAGAUAAGCCAGCUGUUGACGACCGGAUUAACGCCGGUUAUGAAUAACGGAUCGCUUGAGGCCAUGAAUAACACCCUUUUGGCGACGCCUAGCGGCUGUCCCUCGCAUAUCAACUUGUAUUUGAUCGAUGCAUAA